GACGUGAGGUGCGUGCGCGGCGCGCGGUGACGGAGCGGGUCGGCCGCGUCCCUUUGUUGGCGGCGGUUGGGGCGCCGCGCGAGCCGCCGCCGUUACUUCACCGCCUCGCCAUGGACUCGGACGAGGGCUACAACUACGAGUUCGACGAGGACGAGGAGUGCAGCGAGGACAGCGGCGCGGAGGAGGACGACGAGGACGACGAGGAGGACGAGCCUGACGAUAACCUGGACCUGGGCGAGGUGGAGCUGGUGGAGCCCGGGCUGCGCGUCGGCGGAGAGCGCGACGGGUUGUUAGGCGGUGACACGGAAGGGCUGGGUCCCGGCGGCGGCGGCGGUGGAGGCGGCCUCGGCGGCGGACCGGGCCCCGGCGGCGGCAGCGGCCCCGAACAGGAGGAGGAUUAUCGCUACGAGGUGCUGACUGCCGAGCAGAUCCUGCAGCACAUGGUGGAGUGCAUCCGCGAGGUCAAUGAGGUCAUCCAGAAUCCAGCGACUAUCACCCGAAUCCUGCUUAGCCAUUUCAACUGGGACAAAGAGAAGCUGAUGGAGAGGUACUUUGAUGGCAACUUGGAGAAGCUCUUUGCAGAGUGUCAUGUAAUUAAUCCAAGUAAAAAGUCUCGAACGCGCCAGAUGAACACCAGGUCAUCAGUCCAGGAUAUGCCUUGUCAGAUCUGCUACCUGAAUUACCCCAACUCGUACUUCACUGGCCUAGAGUGUGGACACAAGUUCUGUAUGCAGUGCUGGAGUGAAUAUUUAACUACCAAAAUAAUGGAGGAAGGCAUGGGACAGACCAUUUCAUGCCCUGCUCAUGGCUGUGAUAUCUUAGUUGAUGACAAUACAGUUAUGCGUCUGAUCACAGAUUCCAAGGUUAAAUUAAAGUACCAGCAUUUAAUAACCAAUAGUUUUGUAGAGUGUAAUCGACUGUUAAAAUGGUGUCCUGCCCCAGAUUGCCACCACGUUGUUAAAGUCCAAUAUCCUGAUGCUAAACCUGUUCGCUGCAAAUGUGGACGUCAGUUUUGCUUUAACUGUGGUGAAAACUGGCACGAUCCUGUUAAAUGCAAGUGGUUAAAGAAAUGGAUUAAGAAGUGUGACGAUGACAGUGAAACUUCCAAUUGGAUUGCAGCAAACACAAAGGAAUGCCCGAAAUGCCACGUCACCAUUGAGAAGGACGGGGGCUGUAACCAUAUGGUGUGUCGGAACCAGAACUGCAAAGCUGAGUUCUGCUGGGUGUGUCUCGGCCCCUGGGAGCCCCACGGAUCUGCCUGGUACAACUGUAAUCGCUACAAUGAGGAUGAUGCAAAGGCAGCAAGGGAUGCACAGGAGCGAUCCAGAGCAGCCCUGCAGAGGUACCUGUUCUACUGCAACCGCUACAUGAACCACAUGCAGAGCCUGCGCUUUGAGCACAAGCUCUAUGCUCAGGUGAAGCAGAAGAUGGAGGAGAUGCAGCAGCACAACAUGUCGUGGAUUGAGGUGCAGUUUCUGAAGAAAGCAGUCGACGUCCUCUGCCAGUGUCGUGCCACACUCAUGUACACUUACGUCUUUGCCUUCUACCUCAAAAAGAAUAAUCAGUCCAUUAUCUUUGAGAAUAACCAAGCAGACUUAGAGAAUGCUACAGAAGUGCUUUCUGGGUACCUUGAGCGAGAUAUAUCCCAAGAUUCUCUGCAAGACAUAAAGCAGAAAGUGCAGGAUAAGUACAGAUACUGCGAGAGUCGACGAAGGGUUUUGUUGCAGCACGUGCAUGAAGGCUACGAGAAGGACCUGUGGGAAUACAUUGAGGACUGAGCCCGGCCCCGCAUAAAACGAACUCUGAAACCUUUCCCAUCUCUAGAGUGCUCAUGCGAUUCCAAUAAACACACACAAGGCGCUCCGCCUGUUACACUGCUGGUCUGUAGUACUGGGAUUCUGUUUUGUUAACAGAACAUUUAAGUAAAUUAUAUUGUAAUAAAAAAACCCAAGGUAGAUAA